CGGAGAGCGCGCGCGCGGCCGGGUCUGCGCUCCUUGCAGGGCGGGCGGCAGGGAGGGCGCCGCUCGGCGGCGACCCCGGCCCGGCCCCACCAUGGGCUUCGAGCUGGACCGCUUCGAUGGCGACGUGGACCCGGACCUGAAGUGCGCGCUGUGCCGCAAGGUGCUGGAGGACCCGCUGACCACGCCGUGCGGCCACGUCUUCUGCGCGGGCUGCGUGCUGCCCUGGGUGGUGCAGGAGGGCAGCUGCCCCGCGCGCUGCCGCGGCCGCCUGUCGGCCAAGGAGCUCAACCACGUGCUGCCUCUGAAGCGCCUCAUCCUCAAACUGGACAUUAAGUGCGCGCACGCCGCGCGGGGCUGCGCCCGAGUGGUCAAGCUGCAGGAGCUGCCGGAGCACCUGGAGCGUUGCGACUUCGCCCCCGCGCGCUGCCGCCACGCGGGGUGCGCCCAGGUGCUGCUGCGCCGCGAUCUGGAGGCGCACAUGCGGGAUGCGUGCGACGCGAGACCCGUGGGCCGCUGCCAGGAGGGCUGCGGGCUGCCCCUGACACGCGGGGAGCUGCGCGCGGGCGGCCACUGCUGCGCGCGGGCCCUGCGGGCGCACAACGGCGCGCUGCAGGCCCGGCUCGCCGCCUUGCACAAGGCGCUCAAGAAGGAGGCGCUGCGCGCGGGCAAGCGCGAGAAGUCGCUGGUGGCGCAGCUGGCCGCGGCGCAGCUGGAGCUGCAAAUGACCGCCCUGCGCUACCAAAAGAAGUUCACCGAGUACAGUGCGCGCCUCGACUCGCUUAGCCGCUGCGUGGCCGCGCCGGCUGGCAGCAAGGGCGAAGAGACCAAGAGCCUGACCCUGGUCCUGCACCGCGACGCCGGCUCCCUCGGCUUCAACAUCAUCGGCGGGCGCCCCUGCGCGGACAACCAAGAUGGGUCCUCCAGCGAAGGCAUCUUCGUCUCCAGGAUCGCGGACAGCGGGCCCGCAGCCAAGGACGGGGGCCUGCAGAUUCACGACAGGAUUGUCGAGGUCAACGGCAAGGACUUAUCCCGGGCGACGCACGAGCAGGCCGUGGAGGCCUUCAGGACGGCCAAGGAGCCCAUCGUGGUGCAGGUGCUGCGGCGGGCACCCCGCGCCCGGACGCCGCCGGCCCCGGCCGCCACGCAGCUGGUGGACGCGGGCACCCAGACCGACAUCACCUUCGAGCACAUUGGGGCCCUCUCCCGGGUGCCCCCGGCCGCGCUGCCCACGUUGGAGCCCUACCUCUCGCCGGAGGAGCACCCCGCGGCCCACGAGUACUACGACCCCAGCGACUACCACCAGGACGUGGACCGGGAGGAGCUGGAGCUGGAGGAAGUGGACCUGUACCGCGUGAGCAGCCAGGACAAGCUGGGCCUCACCGUGUGCUACCGGACGGACGACGAGGAUGACAUCGGGAUCUACGUCAGCGAGAUCGACCCCAACAGCAUCGCGGCCAAGGAUGGGCGCAUCCGGGAGGGGGACCGCAUCAUCCAGAUUAACGGGAUAGAGGUUCGGAACCGGGAAGAGGCCGUGGCUCUUCUGACCAGUGAAGAAAAUAAGAACUUUUCCUUGCUGAUUGCAAGACCCGAGCUCCAGCUGGACGAGGGCUGGAUGGACGACGACAGGAACGACUUCCUGGACGACCUGCACGCGGACAUGCUGGAGGAGCAGCACCACCGGGCCAUGCAGUUCACGGAGCGCGCGCUGCGGCAGAAGAAGCACGAGGAAGACGGGGGGACCACAGACACGGCCACCAUCCUGUCCAACCAGCACGAGAAGGACAGCGGUGUGGGCCGCACCGACGAGAGCACGCGCAACGACGAGAGCUCGGAGCCUGAGAACAACGGCGAGGAGGCACCCACGUCCGCCGCGCCGCUGGCCGGGCCGAGGACGCGCACGUGCAGCCAGGACACGCUGGGCAGCGGCGACCUGCUUUUCGGCGGCGAGUCCUUGCUUUGGGCCGACUGCGCAGACGCUGCCGAGUGCGAGAGCUUCCGCCGGCUGCUGGAGCUCAAGUGCCCGGAGCGCGGCGCCCCCGAGAGCUUGGACGGGGAUCUGGGGCUGCUGGACGCCGAACUGUUGGAGCUCAAGUGCCCGGGGCAAGACGCGGGUGCGGGCAGGGGUGCCCCCGAGAGUGUGGACCGGGAGCUGGAGCUGCUCAACGCCGAGCUGCGCAGCAUUGAGCUCGAGUGUCUGAGCGUUGUGCGCGCUCACCGGGCACGGCAGCUGCGCGAGGCCUGGACGUUGCACCCCAGUGGCUUCCGUGGCUGCGACACGGAGGCUGACAGCCGCCGGCGUGAGCUCUCGGACAUCACCGAGCUCCCCGAGAAGUCAGACAAGGACAGCUCGAGCGCCUACAACACCGGCGAGAGCUGCCGCAGCACCCCGCUCGCCCUGGACAUGUCCCCCGACAGCUCCCUGAGGAGAGGGGCAGAGGGGACCACGGGGGCCUGCGGGCCGUCCCUCGAGAUUCCGCUGUGCAUCACGGAGGACGCAGAUGUGCGCGAGGUCCCGCAGAGCCCAGGGCACAGCCCGGGCGACGGUCCCAGCCCCGCGCCCCCGGCGCAUGCGCCCCACAAGCUGGCCCACAUCCCGGCGCAUGCGCGGCGCUACCGCAGCUACAUGCAGCUGGUGCAGCAGAAGUCGGCCGUGGAGUACGCGCACAGCCAGGUGAGCCUGCUCGGCGUGUGCAAGGACCUGGGCCCCGCCGGCCCGCCUGAGCCCCGCACCGAGUGGAAGGUGAAGGUGCGCAGCGACGGCUCCCGCUACAUCACCAAGCGUCCCGUGCGUGAUCGCCUGUUGCGGGAGCGCGCGCUGCGGAUUCGCGAGGAGCGCAGCGGCGUGACCACGGACGACGACGCGGCCAGCGACAUGAAGCUGGGCCGCUACUGGAGCCGCGAGGAGCGCAAGCAGCACGUGGCGCGCGCCCGAGAGCAGCGGCGGCGGCGUGCACUCGUGCUGCAGAGCCGGCUGGAGGGCCCCCGGGAGCAGCCGGCGGAGGAGGACAGGAGGGAGGUGAGCAUCCUGGAGCUGAGCCACAAGAAGAUGAUGAAGAGGAGGAACAAAAAGAUACUGGACAACUGGAUGACGAUCCAGGAGCUCCUGACCCACGGCACCAAGUCCCCGGACGGCACCAGGGUGUACAAUUCCUUCCUCUCCGUGACGACUGUGUAAGCGCAGGGCGGCGCGCGGUGGUGCUCACGGUCCCGCUGUGCCGCGCGGCGCCGCAGCUCCGUUUCAAGCGAGGAAAACCACCGUGAACUGUCUUGGCAGGCGGUGUUCGGAAACAGGCCUUUUUCAAAUAGCGAUGGUACUUUUUUUACGUGUUACCUUUUACAUAAAGUGUUUAAAUUUCAAAAAGACCUUUUUAUUAAGCAUACUUUCACAGAAUAACUUGUUUAAAUUGUAUUCAUAUAAAAGAAAAAGUUAAACACGCUUUGUUUUUCUGCUGAAAGCACAAAUACAACUGCCUGUGUGUAUUUUUAAUGGAACCCUAGUUUAUGAUGUUACUUUGCUGAAUGUGUUUCAUAUGCGUGGCCGUUAAUCUAUUAUUUAGGUCUGGGCUUCAACUCAAAACCACCGACCAGUUAACGAGUGAAUACACGUAACCAAACCAGCCGUGUUCAAAUAUGUGUUCCAGCUCUAAACGUUUUUCUGGAUUGAAGUCCCCAAGGGAGUGUAGAAGUGUAACAGAAAGUAGCAAAGUGCCACGCAGCCCAUGGGAGGUCACAGCGCGUUGGCGAGUGGCCGCCGGUGGGGACACUGCGUGCGGCGUGGCCGGACCUGGGCCGUGUGGGUGUGAAGGGACAGGCUCCUCACCGGCAAGUUCAGGAAGUCGUGGUUACUUACAAACACUAAGUAAAUG